CAUCCUCAUUCGCCUGCCGUAUGGUCCUCACUGUGCAGCUGUGGUGAACACAAGAUCAUCUUACUGGUCUAAAACAAGAAACAGAAGAACCCAGUAACACCCUGGAUUCUGGGAAGCCAUUGAUGAAUCAAAAAACUGCGUCAUGUUACCUCCAGAAAAACCUGACACUCCUCUCACACGAAGCAGGGCUUGCAAGACCGUUCGAUAUGGAGAGGUGGUGUUUGCAGUUGGGGGCUGGAGUAUAAAUGACCCUGCAUCCCGAAUGGAGUGCUACAACCCCCAGGUCCAUGAGUGGAGGGUGAGGGCACCGAUGACGAAACACUGGAGCGACGUGGCUGUUGCUGUACUUGGUGACAUGAUAUAUGCUGUGGGAGGUCACGAUGAAAUAUCCUGCACCAGCAGUGUUCAAAGGUACGACCCCAAAUCAAACACGUGGAGCAAUAAUGUGGCCUCGUUGAGCAGUGGGCGCAGUGGCGUGGGGUUGGCUGCUAUGGGAGGGUAUCUCUACUCCAUCGGUGGAUAUGAUGGCAUCACCUGCAUGAACACGGUGGAGAGAUACGAUCCUCAAGUGAAUAUGUGGUUUAAAGUUGCUCCAAUGAGCUCCCGACGCAAAGGGGCUGCAGUGGCUGUGUUAGAUGGGUACCUUUAUGCAAUCGGAGGCUCUGACGAGGAUUCAGCUCUUAACACAGUGGAGCGUUACAAUCCUACGGAGGACUGCUGGUCUCAUAGCCCCUGCAUGGGGUCUUGGAGAGAGAACCCAGGCUGCUGUGUGUUUCAGGGUAUGAUCUAUGUAGCAGGGGGGCGUGAUGAAGUGCUCCAGCUCUGCACUGCCGAGCGCUUCGAUCCACAAAACAACAGCUGGUCUCCGGUCAGACCAAUGAGGUGCAAAAGAAACCAGGUGGGUCUUGCAGUUGUGGAUGGAAUUCUGUUGGCUGUUGGUGGUUUCGACGGAACCACUUACCUGAAAUCAGUUGAAGCGUAUAGUUUGGAUACAAACACAUGGAGACACUAUGGGAGUAUGAAGUGCAAGCACCCGGGAGGUGGAGUCUGUGUGGUGAAGAUGGAACAGUGCGAUUCUUUGAUCUCCUGAACAGCACCAGGGAAUGAAAACACACAAGGAGAUCCAUUUUAAGGGUCUAAAAAUCAGCAGACCUUGCAUACCUGCAUAGCUGCUACUGUAUUUGUACAAUGAAUAAAGGGGUCCCUAUUGUGCAUCACCCCCUGGUUAAAAUACCAGCUGGAUAGUAUAGAGGUAAAGGCUGGUGGUAUUAAGAUCUGCUGCUUUUUAAAUCAUUAAAAUGUGACAUAUUAUCAGAAUUUAAAUAUAUACUGUAUAUAUAUAUUUUUUUUUUUCAUUGUAAAUUGGGUAAUACAUUUGUCAAUACUUUUGAAGUAUUCUCGCUAAUCAGAACCACUUGAUACUAGACCCUCUUCACAUUAGUAAUUUGAACAGUGCUCACUGUAACCUGUACCACACUUUCAUGGUAGGCAUCAAUAUUCUCUCUCAGUGUGGAGUAGUGGUUAGGGCUCUGGACUCUUGACCGGAGGGUCAUGGGUUCAAUCCCAGGCGGGGGACACUGCUGCUGUACCCUGGAGCAAGGUACUUUACCUAGAUUGCUCCAGUAAAAAAAAACAAAAAACAACUGUAUAAAUGGGUAAUUGUAUGUAAAAAUAAUGUGACAUCUUGUAACAAUUGUAAGUCGCCCUGGAUAAGGGUGUCUGCUAAAAAAUAAAUAAUAAUAUUCACAAGCUUGUAUAAACAUUUGAACUGUAUCUGAAGUAGCCCAAAAGCAUUUCCAGAACAAUAUAUCUCGCCAGGAGAGAACACUACGCACAGCAACCUCUUUUUCUGAGGAACGGCUGCAAUUCUGCAAAUGAUUUCCGGCAGGUGAACAGCCACACUAAACUGUGUCUCAAUACCCCAGGAGGAAAUCCACAUUAAUUAUAAAAUGUUUACAAGAACACGGUACAUUAUUUUUGGAUCUAGGACACUAGCUAGUGUG